GUGAUUUUUCCACUCGCGUACACUUACCUAGUCUGUCCGGCAAUUACCAACAACGGCACCCUUGAGGAGCACGCGCGGUUGGUGUCAGCGACGCAGACUUAAUUAGCAAAUCCACCGCCAGAUGGAACGAACGGCGCGAAUCACGCGAUUCGGACUCGCCUGCAUAGCAGCCUUCGCGACACUCUCAUCCGCCACCGCCUCCAUCACUGACGCCGAGCAUGAAGGCUUUGGCCCUAGUGAAGCCGCCGCGCGGCAAAAUGCCUUUGAUAUAUUCAACACAAUUCACUCAGCCAUGCGCCAGUGGGGCUCGUCCCUCAACCACAACGGCAUGUCCUUGUUCCUCACCACGAUCCCAGCCGGCGUCACUCUCCAUCAUGGCACCCAUAGCCCGACCCCGCCUCCUGGGCCGGAGUGGCUCGCCUUCGAGAUUGAGCAUGCCGAACAGUUUGCGCAUCCCCGCUGGCGGCGAAGAGACAACCCCGGGUCACCCGGUUCACCACCACCGGGAUCAUCACCGCCGCCAUCCAUGGCCCAGCAGCCCCUCCACUUCCCUCGUCAACCCUCUUACUAUCACCAACCUUCUCUCCAUCUAGCCAAGGACGCUGACGCGGACUCCUACGGCUACCUGCACACCUACCUAACCACCACCCUACUCCAACUCCUCUACCUCGACGGCACCUCCGCAGGCAACACCGACAUGGGCACGCUCGACACUCAAGACCUCAUCCUGCGACUCAACCGCUCUGCUCCGCUCUGGGACGAGAGGGGCCGUGCGCAAGAGCUCUGCGAUAUUGUCUCAUCUUGGGGUCUGGACGGCGUGUUGCGGAUGGAGGCUGGGUUCGAGGUGAUCAAGUGCGAUUUUUCCAAGGGGUUGGAGCUGGUGUCUGCAAAUCGGCGGCCGGAUUGUCCUGCGGGUGGUUGUGGUUCUGGCGGCGGUGGUGUCGAAGGGGAGGUAAGGUUGUUCGAGUAUAUCAGGGCUGUUUCCAGGAGGUAUCAUGAUAUCGGGGGCGGAAGAGUCAAGAUUGACUGGGGGAGCAUGGUGUCAGGGUUCUUUUAUGAGAUUGAUCUUGCGAAUCCCAAUGGGACAGAGAGGAUGCCGAGACUGGUGGGUCCGAGUGAUGACGAGUUGAGAGCCAUUAGGCUAAGGGUUGAGGACGUCGUCAAGGGGCGGAGAGGUGAAGUGAAGAUGGCAGUUGACUGGCAGGGGGUGGUGGACAUGGUGGUGGCUCGGUACGCUGACCGGUUGAAGUACAUGGCCGAGGUUGAUACCGUUGAGGUGAUGCAGGCCGAGGUCAAUGGGCUGUUGAACACUCAUAUCGACCAUGCGGUUGAGGACGAUGGGCACAGUGCCGCUAUGGGGCGUUGUAGCCGGUUCUACACAUUGGGGGUCGCCCCCCAGACACACGAAGACGGUCUCGUCCUCGCCGCCGUCGAAACCGUUACACACAGCAUCUGCUCCACUUUGUUCCAGGUGCGCAAAAUGGUGGUGGAGGAACCAGAUGCUGCAGAGGGCUCACUGGAGCGGGCGAGACGGGAAUUGCGGAAUCUGAUGGACAAGCUGAGAUGGGCCAGGUGGAAGGAGUGCGCCGGCUGCGGCUUUGACGAGGUCUGCUUUAUCCCAGUGUGGCCGUACGGCGACAAGGAGGCCCACGAGCGGCCAAGCUGCCGGAACACGACUUCAUUGAUGAAGGGAUGGUGGGACAGACGGUAUUGGCAGCCAGGGCCACCGAUGGGCUCAAAAUGAAGCCGCAAAGGGGUGGUCAUAGGUCCUCAUGAGCAGACGACUCAUGAGCAGACGACUCAUGAGCAGACGACUCAUGAGCAGACGACUCAUGAGCUGCCAGGAACGUGUGGAAGUGAUGCAACUAAUUCCAUUCAAGCUGUGGAUCAUCCAUGAUAUUUCUUGGAAAAAAGAGAUUUGAGAAGAACUAAAACAAUGCGUCAGCCGCGAAUCGAACGCGGGGCCCAUCGAUGGCAACGAUGGAUUUUACCACUAAACCACUGACGCU